GUAAACCCUGAGGUCACAUCCACAACAAACUUCGCAAGGAGAAAAAUUUAAUUAGGUAUGUAGACCUUUCUGGUCUUUUUUGUUUCUUCAGAUUAUUACUAUCAGAAAAAUUAGGUGAAAACAAAGGUAGUCUCAUGGGAUCCUCCGAAGGUAAGCAUAGGAUGCCUUUGCUUGUAUGUCAAUAUAAGAUCGAGUAGAGGGGAACUGUGUCUUUAUCAUCAUUGACCAGAGAUUAGAUUUGAGAGCCACUAAAGAACAGGUAAAUUGCUUUUCAGUGAAGCCUGAAUCACUACUAAAGUUUUUUUUUUAAUUGAUAUCGGUGAAUUUUCGUGGGUUGCUGGAUUGUUUUUUCCUUCGAUGGAGGUCUAACAAUGAGUGUUGUUCUCGCUACAUAACAAACACUUGGUUGUGGACCUCAAAGAUAUCGUACGUGCCUUUUAUUAACGCUUGAGGUAAAGCGGGAAUGAAUUAUUUUGGUAUAAAAUGUGUUUAAUUACGAGAAUUGAUUCGAAUUUAACGUUGAAAUUGUAAAAUUCAACUACACUCUUGACAAGUUCUAAUGUUGCAGGUUUAAAUUUGAACAUAAACAGAUUUAACAUUUAAUUCUUUCUUAUCACCUCUCUUGCCGUCAAAAGGCCUCACGGAUUGUAUUUGAUACAGUUUGGUGCAGCAAUCUAUAAAAAAUUUUUAAAAAAAAGGGUCUUUUCACUCGACGCUUGUAAUGUUUAUCUUCGAGCUGAAUGCUCGUCAGAUCGUGAUGAUAAUUCAGUGUUCAAUGAUCUCGCUUUAACACGCAUCGGGGGGUGAGUCAGUUUAUUAGAUGCCUUUCUACAAAUCGUUACUUUUUCAAAGUUAAGCUUGCUUUUAAUCUAAAUUGAUGAACGACUCGAAACUAAAACUAGAUUUACAUCAGAUUUUUAACCUACCAUUGCGGAAUGAUCUUUUCAUUAGUUUACAUUUGUAAUCGAAUUAAGUUUUGAUUGACUUCGGUCGAAAACUUUGCCCACAUAAUCCAGGGUUCUCGCGUCGUGGUGUCGUAUUUUGACGGUGGAGUCUUGAAUUUGCCUACAAUGCUGAUAAGAUUCAAAAUUUGGAAGAAGUACUCUUGAGCGAACCCUGUCAUUUAAUAUUGUUCUUUGGUAAGCUGAGUAAAUUAACCGAAAUUUGCAUGAUUGUAAUCAAACAGAGUCUAAAUAUUUUGGAAGUUCCUAAUGCUUCGCUCUGCAAUUAGGUUGAAACAAAAAUUACGGAUUCAAUUUCCUUUCCUCGUGUUUAACCUAGGUGUCGACGUGAGGAAGGAACUAAUGGUGAAGGACAAUUCAUUUUCAUGCUCUUCAGUACCGGAAUUAUUCACAUUGUUUUUUCGACGAAUGGAGACGAACUCUUUCCAUUCAGCUCGGAACUUAUGGCAGAGCUCUCGAACAAAGCUUGUAAAUUUUUUAAGACAACUGACCAAUUUGUUGAUUUGCAAUUUUUCAAUUUUUAAGCUUUUUGGUUCUUUUGAAUUUUCAAUAGCAUCAAUGUGUAUUUUACUGGUGAAGAAUUGUAUCGGAAAUUCAUACAGAUUUAUAACCUUUUCUAAGAUCAUUCAAUUUUUCACUUGUUCGUCGUUCACGUUUAGUUGUGAAAAUGUACAUGCGCAACCGUGACAAUGGAAGUCCUAUUUCAUUUAGCUGCUUCAUUAAGACAGGGGCCAAAGGGUUCUUUAUAGAAUACACAAGCUAGGGAAAAUUUGUCCACUAAAAAAAAAGAAACAGAAAACCGAUAGAAACGCGUAGUAUUUCUAAAGAGAUACUCUUAAGAGGUUUGAAAGAACCUUCCGGUGGAAAUUCUGGGAACAUUUCUGACUGCCUGGAAUUUAGUCCAUUUAAGAUCGAGCCUGGCUGCCGGUCUUUCAUACACUGCCUUCUAUUUGAACCACGGAAAAAUGAAACCUACUUCUCUCUGAUGAGAGACUUUCGGGAUCCUUUCUGCAAAAUAGGCAUAUUAUCUUCUGGGAUAUCUAAAAACUCUUGAUUACAAGACCUUACAACCUCCACUGCUCAUCCCUUCACCAUCUUCAAGAUAAAAAAAUUACUCUGUUUUAAUUUCCGUUUCCAUAAGCCCUCCUUCACUAAAUUCGAUUAAUUAAUUAGUAUAACCUCUUACAAACCAGCUUGACAGAGUUUGGCUUUUUUUUCUUCGAAUACAGUUUUUAGAGCUUUUGUGAAGCUUUUGAAUCAUAACUUAAAACGAAAAUGAAAUCAAAAGUAAGAAUUUGCCUUUAUGGCGGUGCUUGUUGCUAAACAAUAUAUUAUGAGCGGCCGGAUUUCGCAGUCUCCCGUGAUUUUAUCGUGGUUAAUAACCUUUUCAUCGUAAAAAGCAAUAUUCUUGAAUAAACAUCAAGUGAACGUAGCUUUUGGAGACCUUAGCGGAGAAGCUGAAAUUAAUAGUUGUCCAGUUGUACCGAGUGGUUUCGUUGAUAGUUUAGCCAUAAGCAGAAUCGAUCAAGAUAUGUAAGUUUAUACUUCGGAGAGGUUUUAAAUAGUUAAGUUGUCAUGCGUUUACUUAAAUGUGUCGAUUGAUGUUGUUUGGUUUUUGUUUGAAAUUAAAAGUUGUUCACGAGCUAUUUAUUGCUUGUCGGUGAUUGGUUCAAAGAGGCUUGGGUAUAAAUACAAUAUAAACGGACAUAGACUGAUAUACCCAGAGGAUUACCGAAGUUCACAGAACUAGACUUUGCUCUCGUAUUCAAUGAUAAACCGGCAGACAAGGUCGCCGCGAUUCAAUUUGAAAAUUUUCGGGAUCUUUGGUAGCCACAUGCCUUACAAAGUUAUGUAAUGUUGAAUUUUGGAUCCAAUCAUUCAAAACAAGAUCUUCCUUAUUUGAGCUUUUUAGACUGGUUUUCACUUUCCGUACACUGACAUUUUUCAGCUGACAUGGCGGACAUAAACAUCGCUGGUGUGGUAUCCAUUGUAGUGUUUUAUCUGUUAAUCCUUCUUGUUGGCUUGUGGGCGGCUCGCCGGCGGAAGGAAGGCGAAGAAGAAGCCAUGCUAGCCGGCAGAAGUAUUGGAAUAUUCGUGGGUACAUUCACUAUGACAGGUAAAAGAGAUGUUCUGACAUGCGAGAGAAUCGAAACUAUUUUUUUGCAUUUUCAGAUUCCAUAGCGAAUGCAGUUGUAGUCAGUAGGAUAUUUAAAUGAUAAAGCUGAACAAAUGCUGUUCACACCCGGAAGUAUCUGAUUGCUCAUAAUUAAUCUCGUCGUCAUUGAUUUGUCUUUCUGUUCUUUUGUUAAGUUUUUUGUUAAUUUUGUUGUUUUGUUUUUCAUUUACAUUCUUAUUCACUCUUUCUAACGAUGUUUCAACUUAAGAAAGUUAACCAAUUAAUUUUUUUUUCUAAGAUAACCAUUAAAAUUAUAGCAAUUUUAUUUGCUCAGUACGAAAUAAAGCUUGAUUCUUGAUCCCGCAAAUAGUUAUGACGCUCACCAAGGCGGUUACAACAACAAUAGGCCAUUUUACAGUUGUGUACUUUGUUGCCAAGCCUCUGAUUUGGAGUGAGGCUGAAGGUGACCUUGUUGUGUUAGAGACCAGAAUCUAGUUAGCAUGAUAACAAAUUAAUUUGCAUUUCAAAAGCAGCAAGGUUUGUAUCAUAACAAGGUCACCCUUAGCCUCACUCCUGUUCAAAGGCUUGGCAACCAAGCACACAACUGUAAAAUGGACUAUUAACGAUGUAAGACUUAUUUUAACUACCAGCAACCAGAAAUUGAAAGAUUUCAUAUAAUCAACCUUAUAUUGACACAUUUGUUCUGCAAACUAGAUACACCCUACAAACAUCGAUAAAUUACGAAACGAGAUGCGAUUUUCAGUCAAGGUUUAUUCAAUCAAAGACCGUAAGCAAACAGCGACCGCGACGGCAUCGAGGAUGAGACAAAACAAAAGAUCUAAUGAGCUGAACAAUAGCUCAGCACGUGCGUUCUAAAACUUUGCACGUUUCUAAGCCGUCUUCUGUAAAACAACAGCGUGAAAUCACCAAGAUUUUCACAGUAAAUUCUUAAAUUUUCCAUUUGGAACUCAACACUGCUCACGCAUGGUAUGCUGAAGUUGAGGUGUGGCGCCGUUAGAGAUAGUAAACACACCCAACCCUUAGCGAAAUUUGUACUAAAAAUAUAAAUUCAUUUUCCAAUCGACAUCUUCCUCGGCGUUUUCGUUUUGAUUGUUUAAGGUCCCUAACAAAAUUUAAGAUGUUAAUUAUACGUGCUUGUUAAUUCAAUAGCGACGUGGGUGGGUGGAGGAUACAUCAAUGGUACUGCAGAAGUGGUGUUUGACUCUACACAAGGUCUUGUCUGGACGCAGGCUCCUUGGGGAUACGCUUUAAGUUUGGUUAUAGGUAAGUAGCAAAAGAAAGACAACACUCUAUCACUGUGAUUGAAGGGAACUGGAAUGGAAAUAAUUCUUAGCACACGAUCACUAAAGCUUCCCUAAAUAAGCUUGCAGUUGAGCAAGUUCGCUCGGGAAGGAAAUGACCGGCUGGCGAGUUACGUUCCUGGUGUUAAACCAUUUUAACUCAGAGGCAGAGAAUGGUAUAACGUGAUAUCCUUCUUUUUUUAAGGUGGCUUGGCCUUUGCCAAAAUCAUGCGCAAAAAAGAGUACUUCACAAUGCUAGAUCCCUUCCAAGAAAAGUACGGUCCGCGCAUGGGCGGACUGUUGUACAUUCCUGCUCUGUUGGGUGAAAUAUUUUGGUCUGCAGCUAUACUGGCUGCUCUUGGAGCAACCAUCAGUGUAGUGAUCAGCCUGAAUGAAACUACUUCCGUCAUUGUGUCCGCGUGUAUUGCUAUUUUCUACACUCUGAUUGGUGGACUGUACUCUGUAGCUUACACAGAUGUCAUCCAGCUCAUCUGCAUCUUCGUAGGAUUGGUGAGUAUGGUCAGCGGCUUCAAGGAGCUACGUUAUAUAUAUAUUAUUAUGGCCUGACAAGUUUAUUUAAAAUGAGGAAAACCCUGAUUUAAUCACUUGCAAGGGUACGCAAACACCAAUAAAUAAUGCAGACGCGGAAAAGGGAUGGGUAUGGAUGUCGAAGAUGUUCAUUGGUUGCAUGACCAAAUUGAAGACGGUAAACUCAAUUUUUAAGAUGGAAAGACCGUCUGUAGCUUCUGAAAAUGUUUGUUUCUAAAUAGGUAAUUUUAUUAUAACUUCUGUCUUGUCUGUGGGGAAGGAAACAUCGAUGUAUUAAGUAACAGUCUUUCCAAUUUCGCCGUCAUUGUGCUGUUCAUUUUGUUUCAUAAGUCUGGAUGUUUGUGAUAUUUUGUGCACUGACCCCCUGGAUCUGUUCCUUACAGUGGCUUAGUAUUCCCUUCGCCAUGACACAUUCAGCAGUGAGCAGUAUUUCAGACACAUCCACUCAGUGGGUGGGUGAAUGGUCCAACACGUAUGUUGGAGUAUGGCUCGACUAUGCCCUAUUACUGGUAAAUAUCUUUCUUUUUCCACUAUAUUAUGCAUUUUUACUUUGUAAAGCCAAAGAAUAAUUUGGUUAUUAAGUGAGUCUGAUAAGGAGAUGCAAUCAGGUAAUAUUAACGACUCUCCUACGGUCUCUAAUCGUGUGCGGAGUAUUGAUAAUGGUCUGGUAAUCAUGUCAAGAUACUUGUUACUACCAUACACCGCAAUGAUCCAUGGGAAUUAAAUGUGGUUAGACACUUCACACUGUUUGUAUAUUAUUAUUAUUAACUCUUUGCACCUAACAUCUUGCACAUUUUCCAUAAAGUUGUCCUUGCAAGGUACUGACAAGGAGAAUUUGCUGAACAAUCAAGAACCUUUUAGUGAUCAUUUGUUCUCGUGACCCUUAUGUUUGAUUCAGGGGUGGUAUUGAAUGGAGAAAUUAGACGCUGGUCACACUUGGGUGCCAGAUGGUUAAGUCAGUCCGAGGUAUUAUUUCAAGUUACUGAAAAAUCGACCAGUUCUCGCUACAAGUUUUGAAGAACAUUCUGUCGGUAAGGUUUUGGAAUAUUGACGAGAGUAAUAUGUGUUUUAUCUCCUGUGCAGACAUUUGGUGGUAUUCCAUGGCAAGUUUACUUUCAGCGAGUGCUGUCAUGUAAAACAGCGGCCAAGGCCCAGGGUCUUUCCUUCGCAGCUUCGUUUGGAUGUCUCUUAAUGGCUAUCCCAGCAGUUCUCAUUGGAGCGAUUGGUCGCUCUGCAGGUAAACACUAGAUUCCGUACUCAAGAAAUAAAAAUUCCAUCAUCUUCCAGGACUUUUUAGCCUUAAUGUGCAUGUGGUUCUUUCUGCAAAAGUCUAUGCUCUUGGAUUUUUUUGUAUUGUCUUCAAGUACAAGAAAAACAACAAUGUUGGCAACGUUUUGAAUGAGUUUGUCUUUCAUGCAAAUUUGAAAUAUUUCAUCAACGAAAUCAAGCAAGUGUAACGAAAUCAAGCAUAACUACUAGCUAUGAUGAGAGUUGUUGGUCUUUUAAAGGCAACUAAAUUCAUCACUGAAAGAAAUUCCUGAAUCUUAUGUAAUGUCACUCUAGACUGGACCAGAACAGAUUUCUUCGAGCCGUCUGGUAAUGCCACCAAUCAGACGGCGGAGUUUAAAAAGUCACUAGUCCUUCCCAUGGUGCUUCAGUACCUCACACCAACAGCUGUUUCCUUUAUUGGUCUGGGUGCUGUGUCUGCCGCUGUCAUGUCUUCGGCAGACUCCAGUAUCCUGUCCGCCAGCUCCAUGUUUUCUCGAAACGUCUAUAAACUUAUCUUUAGACAAAAGGUAAGUGAUAAAAGUUAGUGAUCACAACGUCUUCACUGACGUAUCUUCGUUUUUUGGAUUUGAUGUGGCUUCUAUGAAUAUUCUUUUGGGAUCUCUAGUUUUGUAAGGUGGUUUUUUUAAACACUUCCUUAGAACACUGCCCCAUCAUUUACUGACGAUUUAAAAUUCGUCAAACCCUCCUUGAGUCGAUUGCGUUGACACCAAUUAAAUUAUUGGCGAGAAUUUGCCUGGCAGUAAUCUUCGAAGCACAUGAACAUGUUUACGGCACAAAAUGCCUUCUCUCUUCAUAAAAGUUAACGAUUUUACCAAAGUCUUUAAAAAUUCUAGUUUCCUUGGCAGCUGUUGCUUGGUCGACAUGCGCUCUGACGAUGAGCUAACGCUCGAAACGUCAGCUCAAGAAAUUUUUACGUUGGUCAAUUUUCUUUACUCUCUUAGUUGAUAAAACCACAUCAUUUUGUAAUACCUCUCACCGACGCAGCACCGCAGUUUCUUUAGAGACUUGCCACUUCGAUGCUUGGUGUCGCUUGACGGAGCUAAACGAAAGCCUCUAGACAGACGUAAUAAAUUGUGUACUGUACAUAGUUCUUAGUUCCUCCCUACCCGAGAAUCUAGAACAUGUGAAACGUUGAGUAACAACGCUGAACUAAAGUACAAACCUUAUUUGUUAGGCCUCCGAGAAGGAAGUUGUGUGGGUGAUGCGUAUAGCCAUAUUUGGAGUUGGCGCGGCCGCUACAGCCAUGGCUCUAGCAGUGGGCUCUAUCUACUCCUUAUGGGCCUUGUGCAGUGACUUGGUGUAUGUGAUCCUAUUUCCGCAGCUAUGCUGUGUCAUCUAUUUUGAUGGCACCAACACCUACGGCUCCUUCAUGGGUUAUGUACUGGGCAUGGUGCUGCGCAUUGGGGGAGGGGAAGAUAAAAUUGGAAUUCCACCGUUCAUAAAGUACCCGUAUUAUAAUGACUUGGAUGGCCAGUUGUUUCCUUUCCGUACCUUAGCUAUGGUCGUUUCAUUUGUUACAAUUGUUGUGGUGUCGUAUUUGCUGAAGUUUUUGUUUGAGAGAGAAAUUGUACCACUGAAGUUUGAUUUUCUUCGUUGCUUUAGGCGAUACGAUUUAGAAAAACAAACAGGUGCCGAGAAAUACGCCAUGGAGGAAAGCAGGGCGUAUUGACCUUUGAUCAUCUACGACAUUUUGAAAAUAUGAGUCUGUUGCAAGACUUCCAGACAUUUUAUUUUUGACCACUCGAUUUAACAGCCUGAAGCUAAUAAGUGAUCAAGUUUUCACAGAUCAAAACCCGUCAGUUACACCAAACCUACAGUGACAACGAAUCAAUGUUAAGAGCAGAACGAAAAUAAGUAACAAUUUUCGAGUGCCAGGAAGUAAGGAUAUUAAAAUCGUGGUAGGUUUUGCGUACUAUCUUAUAGAGUGAUCAGUAACGUGAGAUUUUUCUUCGGCUAAUCACAAACUUUUGUAUGAAUGUAACGAAAGCUUUACUGCCGAAUGUAAAAUGAAAUGAAAAUCUUCAGAAGUGUAACAACGUAAAUGUCAGUUUUUGGCUUCGAUACAAAAAGUCUUGCUAUGAACCGAGACGAUUUAGUGGUCGAUAAGAUUGGAAAUCAAACCUAUCUCUGAGGUAUGCGUGACAUAUACUUCCUGCCCUCGGCGUGUUGACGUAAUCGUCACGUUGUGUUCUUUGACUGUGACUCUCCGUUGGUUCGGGUGUUUGGCAACACUGAAAUUGAAACUAGACACUUUUAACACAUUAUCUACAAAUAAAACGACUUUAUCAUUUGAAUAGUCACUCGGUAAUCCGCUUUUUGGGGGAUUAUUUUAUAAAACCUUAAUUGUACAGAUCGCAGACUUGUUAAUUCAAGUUUCAACUGUUUGUAACUUUAUUUGCCUUUGAUCGUGUAUUUACUUAUCGGUGUAUUAAAAUCAUUGUCAGUGACUCUUUGCAUUAAUGCAGGCUUGGUCUUUGUUUUGCUAGACGUUCAGAGAUUAGUGAUAGAGAAGUCUUUCGUGAUAGUCGGCUGUGGCGAAGGCCAGAUAAAUUAUGCCGGCAUAAUUUUGGGUAUAAUGUUGUAGUCAAAGCUUGAAGCAUAAUCUCGGCUUAAUGACAAAACUUCUAAACAAUUCUGUUGAUCUUACUGUUCAACAAGACAUAACUUCUGUAGUUUGAGUACUGUGAACGGUGAGCCUGCUUUUCUUGCUUGAAGUUUAGGAGUUUGAUCCAGUAAAUUGUUUUGUUCUGAACUUUGGCGAACCUUUUAUACUUAGCAAGUUUACCUGUUGUUGGUAGGAAUGGGGAGGUGCGGGGGGGGGUGGUUGAGCUAUUAUUUUGAAUCAAUAGACUGAGCAGAAUGAAACAUCUUGAACAUAAUAUUUGGCCUAAUACCAUAUUUUCAGCAUUGACGCCCACAAGCUUAACGCUCAAAUUUUCGUGCUUAAUCUACCUAAUCCAAGCUAUAACUGUUUGGCAUGCACGAUAACAACACGCAUUGUCUGACACGCUCUUUUCACGUGCUUUUGCUCACUGUAAUCACAUGAUGUUUUAUUCCUCGCGUACUACUGAAGUUCACUUGCUACAUCGACAGCCAAGUGUAUACUUUUCAGACGGGGGGCACGAACUUUACUGAUGCCUUAGCUGAUAACGUAGCAGUUAACACUUAAUGGCUUUCCAUUAGCUUUUCAUUUCUAGAUGCUUCCUUAUUAGGACCAAGAAGUAUGAGUAUGAAUCACGUGUUUUCAUCUAGGAUAGAAAUUUGCUGCCCGUCGAAGUCAGCGUCUUCCUUCUCGCAGUUUGAGUUGACUGAUAGGAAGAGAAGAACCUUAAUGGGAAUGUUCACCGACUGAUGUCGUUGACAACGACACCGCGUUAGCGCGUAUGUAAAAACAGUGAAAUGACCUCGCUGAAUGAGGUUUGUUUUCGCCCAAAAUUGAUUGCUGUCAUCUUUGGCAUCAAUAACCGUCCCAAUAAUCUUGCAAUUCCAGUCCCUCCGUGGUUGAAAGUCGAAUCGCGACUGAAGCCAUAAUCAUUUUUGUUACCUAAAUAGGGGUCACUUGGAAAAUAUGACUUUGGGAAAUUUUAGUAUCGAUGAGGGGGGAUAUGCUUAUUUAAAUUAUAUAACUGGAUAGUUCCCCCAUCACGUCUCCAUUGUGCAACAUAAUCAAAACAUAAUCCAUUGACCCACAUCCGCAGCUUUAAGUUUGUCUAAGGAAAACAAAGCCAAGUUAUAAAUAGAAGUUAUUUGAGAAGAAGAUUUGACUCUGUCUUUGAAAUGUCUUAUUCCAGCAAAAUGAGAUUUUUGCUUACGAACAAAACUAACCUUGAAACUCUUGUAAGCCACAGUUUAAGCUCCACCGGCAGACGGCAGAGUGUAGUGCACAAUAAACUUGCAUCUUAUCUCACCUUUAGGCUGAUGUAGUUUGAAAAGGAGCCAAAGAUUGAAUUGUUCCAAGCACAACUACCCCGGGGGGCGCUUUUACUCGGAAUCAGUAUUCUUGUUUCGUGUUAAGCUUAGCUACCAACGUCCACUUGUUGCCUUUUUUUGAUAGUCAAUUUUGUUUCUAAGAGAAUACUUGAAAACAUGCCGAAGCACCGAUUAAAUUAGUUCAUAUUUUUCGUUUAUCACAUUAAGUUUGGACAUAUAUGUUUCUACUCACUCUGUUGCAUUAAGUGUACCCUCCCCCCCCCACCUCCUCUGAGGUGGGGGGGGGGGAGGGUACAACUACUUUCGUUGGCUUUCGCCAGGGGUCACAUCUCCGCGAAUGACCUCUAAACAUAAGUUUGACAAGAUAAACGUUUUCUAUUUCAUCAAUCAGACGUUUGGCUUUAUACAUUCUUUGGUUACUGACUUCAGAACUUUGCUCCAACGGCAGCUGCAACAACAACAACGACGCUUUACCACAGGUGAGCUGUGCCUCAGUUCUGAGUCCGUAUCAUAGACCAUACCACCUAAGUUUUCAUUUAAGUAACACUAGAAUGCCUUCUAACUCGGAAAAAGCAAGAUAAUAAGGGGACAGUUUUACAAAAUUUGCCCAUCCGGCCCACUUAUUAGGAACCUUAAGCAAACCACGAUAGCGACAGCAACGAGGACGUGUCAAAAAAAGAAAUGAUCUUUUGAGCAGAACGAUAGCUUACCCCGUGCAUUUUAAAACUUUGUAGAUUUCAUAGACGUCCUCUACAACACAGAAACGCUAAGUCAUCAAAAUUUGCGUGGAUUAAGGACGCCGGAAACCCGACGGAAAAUUAUUUUUGAACACAACGUUGCUUACAUUUAUUAAGCUGAAGUUCAGGUAUGGCAACGAAAAAGAUGGUAAACACGUCCAGCCAUUCGUAAAAUUCUAACUGAAAAUAAGAAUUCAUUUUUUGAUCGACGUCUUCCUCGGUGUUGCUGUCGUGACUUCUGAAUUCGGGUAUACCGGUGAUUGCACUAAUCGAGAAUUUUAUGCUCGCACUCAACGUUUACAAAUCUGUUCAUGAAAAAGAAUCUAAAAUGUUUUCGAGAAGUAAGUAAAUGGGGUCAUUCUAAGACUUAUCCAGAUAGUUGGUGCAAUUAAUACGUUCAGUCACGGUUGUACAACUCGUGCAAAUGAAGAUGAACAAGAUCACAUAACGUUGUCCCCGCUUGUUUUGCGAGUCUCGCUGUCAGUAGUUGAUAUUUUUAUAAGAUGGUUUAUUUUCUGUUUAGUGCUAGUGAUGGCUGACUCCUUCAGGUUAAGUUUCCUCAUAGAAACUGCCGAAUUUAUUUCUUUAAAAAUUCAAAACUACAAUUCUAAGAACAAAGUUUAGUUGUCUGGAAUUAAAUGUUGUAAAAUCAAACAAGUUCCUUCGAACUGAUUAAAUUCCGCGCGUAACUUUGUUUUUUUUGUUUUUUUUCAGAAAAGCUUGCAUCUCUGAAACUGGUAGUUUCUAUCGCCUUAACUCUUUGACGCAUUUUCGGACAAAAGUGAUCAGUUUUAACGAGGUAAUCACGGAUUUAAAGUUCAGGUCAAAGUCCUGAUCUGUUUGUUUGCUUAUUUAAGUGAGUUUAAAUAGUACUGGCAUUGUGCCAGUCUCAGCCGUCACCGAGUUGCGUUCUGAGAUUUAUUAGCAAAACUUUCUACAAUAGUUCUUCCUGAUCAAAUCUGACUUACUAAGCUCGGAUCAAGCAACCUGCACGAAGCUAUCCUCCAUUUUAAUCGAUUUUGUCUGGCGCUAAUCGGAUAACAGAUGAGUAAGCAAAUUAGUGUUCAGGAUUGCAGAGAUUUUUGCUUAUGCAAUACAUGGGACAAAAAAUACAUUUGUAGCAUUGUUUCUAGUCACAGCGCUCAUAAUGAUAUGCAAAGUUGAAAAACGCAACAACAAUACAGUUUCAUCAGCUAGGUGAACAUUACAUUUGUUCAAUUCAUUCUUAUCUACUUUUUACGGCGCAGCGCGGAGGAGAGAAUGACCCUGUCUCCACCCUCAUCGUUUAGGCUGUACUGCUGUAUCCCUCUCCCCUGAGUUCCUCAAUCAUUAUUCCCAUACCUUUGAAUGAGUAUGAAUGCGAGUGAUUUGAAAUAGAAUACUUCUAUUGAUAAUGGGCAAAUACAGGGGAAGUUUUUUUUUUGUAUAGACUACAUAAGUUUGUAGCUCUUCAUCCAUUUCCUUUACGGCAAUGCGAUGGUGUACAAUGGCAUUAUGCGUAAUGCAAAGACAAAUGUAGUAAAUGGGGGCACAAAUACAAAAAGAGCAACAAAACAACAAUCUAACAACUCAAAAACUAAUACAAAUUAGUAUAAAUGUCCUUUGUGCGCUGACCUUAGGUGCUAUGUGCAUGGUAUACUAAUGUAAUCUAUGAUAACACUAUUAUAACACAGAAUGUUAUUUAAUUAAUCGAGUCGUCUCAGUUCUCUUUAAUCCUUACUCAAGUUUCACUUUGGAGUAAGAAGAGAAAAACACGAAUUCCUCUCACUCUUUCAAAUGUUUUUCGGCGUGUAUCUACUCUGAGUGUUGCAACGAAUGAACUCGAAACAAAAUGAUUCACUCCAAGCCAAAUGUCCUGUCUUCAUGGUUCGCCAACUAUUUUGACUUGAUCCAUCUUUUCCCUUCGUAAGGUUACCCGCUGGUUCACUUUCCCACGGCCUUAGAUUUUCCCUGUCGGAACCCAGCAGUUUUAGAGCUAAUCAUUCCUUAAAAAUUGCCAGAACCUCAUCAGCUGAUCACUUCAUCUGACAAAUUUGAAAAACGGCCGGUGUGAUCCUUAAUGGUAUUUAUAUAACUUGGAGCUACUUUAGACUACUAACGUUAAAGGUCAAGGUUUUUUAUGAAAUUUCCAAUACGCAUUGGGAUUUGCAUCAUGUUUAUGACUUCGCAUAGCUGGAUACAACUAUUACCAAAUUCGAAGCAAAGGUUAAAAGACUAAUUUCACUUUGCGGUUCUUUAAGCUCAGUCUGGAAAACCGCGAACAACCUUUUCAAAAAAUUAUUUGGCAAAGAAAACUGAAUAGCGACCCAGAUUUUUAAUAUCAACUCACAAACAUAUCACACUUAAAACCAACCUCAUAUUUGACUGUAAUCUUGAAAAGAUAUCACAACUAAUCCUUAUACAGAGUACAUUGAAAGUUGUAGAUGAGAAAAUGAUUAUCAGGACCAAAAUAAAAGAACAGGUACCCUAUUUUUCCUGUCACCACUGGAUAAACUAAGCACUUAGCCUAAAUAAGCUGAUUGGAAUCAAAUAUAACUGGGUUACAUAUGCAGUUAGAUACUGACAUAAGAAUAUGUUUAAGCUUGAAAAUUCAUUUACCGUCUUUAAUGAGAAAAUACUAUUGGAUGAGUUAACAUUACGUUACAUUCUAUACUAGUUUUUCAAAAAAUGAUUUUUUUACAGAUGGCACUAUUCCAUUCCUUUUAGUUAACAAUGAUUCAUACGUAGGCGUGCCUCAUCAAAAUAUGAAGCACAUGGGAAGGUUAGAGAGAAAGAGAAGUGCGAAAGAGUUUCCUGAGGCGUAACUAAGAGCAACUCUAGCUUUUUAAGGACUUUUUCUGAAACCAGGAACAGGAAACAAAGAUCAAGGGACGGGAAACGGGGAACGGUGCAAUAGAAAGCGGGUCUUAAAAGGGUGACUGUCAGAAAAAAAUCAAAAGCUGCACAACAUUUGAACGGCAAUUUAUGUCUCGUGAACAUUAUUGUGAACAUGAAUUUUACAUACAACCCUCACAUACGUAUUCUACACGCAAGAGGAAGAUUUAAGAUAGGCAACAGCCAAUCAAGAAACCCACGGUGUUAUGGCAACGCGAAAGGCUUUAAGAAUUAAUCCUUUCCCGUUCGUUCCAUGUAUCUGCAGUUAUUUCAAUAACAAAGACGGCAAAAUAUCUUUUUCUUGGGUAUAUUGGAGAUCAAAUGUGGUUUCGGUGUGUUUUCCACAACUAAAUUUUAUAGCAUGAUUUUUUAAUAAUUGUCUCCAUAAUUUUGAUUUUCUUUUUUAACGGAGACACGGAGGUAAGCGUGGCACCGAUGGACUUUUAUUUUUCUCAAAAUCAUGCAAACAACAGAGACAAUAGACCCAAAAUUCCUGUUUUAAAGUUAUUUUAGAUAAAUUUGAUUCUUUUUAUCUCUAUUAGGGUAAAAUAAUGUGAUAUAUCUGGUGGAGUGUACUUAAAGUACCUUUCUUCUUUUACCAAUAUGAAAACAUCAGUUGCACAAAAUGUUCCGCCCCCAAAUAGAUAACUCUUGCAUGUGUAACAUGUAUAUUUUUAUCUUGAAUCUUGAUUUAUGAGUAAAACAAGCUAUUCUUUUUUUUUUUCGUUAUUAAGUUAUUUAACCAAUUUUGUUUUACUAGAGCUUUCGUUUGAAAAAGACAAUUUAUAAUAGAUAUACAGGAGACAGUGUUUCUCAAAAAGUUUGAUUCAUGAUAAAAGAACAUUCAAAAAGCUAUAGUUGCUCGAGGUGUAGCCGAGAGCAACUUUUAAGCAUCUUUCGUUGUCCUCAAACUUCCUUACGGAUUAAUAUCUCGAGAAACACGCUGCAGCAAGAACCAAUUGUUACCUAGAAGGAAUGGAAUAUGGCGUGCCAUCUACAGCCCAUUUACUUUAGCCGGCGAAAAGCUUGUAUAGAAUGUUAUGUAUUGUCAACUCAUGCCAUAGUAUUUUCCUCUUUAAUAGUUUUUUUUAUGAUAUAAACUGUAUGGCCCCGUGAGCUCUUUUUUUUUUCUUCCUUUCUUUUAGUAUUAAAAAAAAUCCACGCGAUGGCGUGAACAGGCCAGAAAAGGAUAUGCUGCCUCGUAACUUACGAGCUAAAUUCAGUCAUAAAAUGUUUAUUGAAAGCGCUAGCUCAGUUCGGACAGGAAAAUAUUUGACUCUCUGAAAGACGGAGCACGCUAUGCUCGGUCUGUACGUGAUGGCCUCGAGCCAAAUUUUUCCCGUCAGGCCCCCCUGCUCUGCUCAGUCUAUAAGUAAAUAUGAAUUCUCAUAAAAGUACAUUUGUCUAAUUUUCUCUCGAAAGCGGACCAACAAAGAAGCGACCCCAUCCAAACAUGGCUGACAUCAACGUUGCCGGUGUCGUGGCGAUUGUUUUGUUUUAUCUGCUCAUUCUCGCCAUUGGUUUGUGGGCUGCUCGCCGGCGAAAGGACAACGAGGAAGAGACUAUGUUAGCAGGACGAAGUAUUGGGAUGGUCGUGGGUACCUUCACUUUAACAGGUAAUCAAAAGUCUUGAUUUCUUCAUCACAAAUUUAACUGCUGCACUUAUUUCAUAUGAUUAGAAAGUAAUUAAUUACGGAAGGAUCUAUAUUCUCCUCAAUAAGUAUAUUUCAGUGUCCAUUGUUAUCUUGCAUUGGCGUAUUGUACACGUUCCAGGGAGUUUCUCUAAAGAAACGUUGCUUCCAACUUCACAUAGAGGGUUGAGAACAGAGAACCUUUCUACGUGUUUCGAGGUACUCAAGGGAAUUCGGCUUUAUAAUUCAAAACUCUCAUUUUCGGUACCAUUUAUAAACUCUAUGAAAUAAUUUUAUCUAUUGAAAAGGGCUUUUAUGAUCAUCAGCGAGUGAUCCACGAGCCGGUAUCAUCCUUAACUUUUAUGAAAUGAAUUUUAUAUAUUACGGCAGACUUCUUUUUCCAGAGCGGAAAGGGCUGUUAUAUUCCUCUCUCAAAUUAGUUGCCAAUGACUAUCGUGAAGUUUUGUAUUUUUUAUUCGGUUAAAUACAAGAGGGAUUUUCGGGAAAAAAUUAAUUUCACUGACAUAUGAUAAUGCAUGACAACAGAGGACAACACAGAGAAUCGUUUCAGGGAACUAGAUAACAAAGCUCCCAUAUCUUUUUUUAUGACUCGGUUAACCUCCCUUCUAAUUCAACUAAAGCAAGUUUCAAAGUUCUCUGCAUGUCAAUUUUGCAAGCCUGUUACGUUGUUUGUUUCCAUAGCAACAUGGGUCGGCGGAGGAUACAUCAAUGGUACAGCGGAGGUACUCUAUGAUAAAGACCAAGGUCUCGUCUGGGCCCAGGCCCCUUGGGGCUAUGCUCUUAGCCUGGGGUUAGGUGAGUAAGAAAACAAUUACGGAGAUAAGGUACUAAAAAUACUGUCCUUGGAAUUGCUAAUGGUUUGGCAAUUGACUGAUUGGAAUCAAACAUGCACUUCUUCGGGACGUUUAGGACGGCUAUGAAAAAAAAAAAGGAAAAAAAGACAGUUUUCCUUCUUUUCUAUUUCGACGACUUUAAGUAGGGCGUGAGUGAGCUGGGCCCGACAGAAUAAACUUGUUUCAACUGUUCUCACUCGCCUAUGACACAAUCACCGUUGAAUGUAAGCUCGGGUGAAACUGAAAAAAAAACAGUUCAAAUUCAAUUUUAAUUCAGUUGAUGACAAUCCAUUUUUUCGAAUAUGCCAUAGCUCACUCCAAGCUAUUCCCAUAUUAAGCUAUUCGAUUAUUCAAGUCUAGGUUAGCCAUCUCAAUACCUGACAUUUAUAAAAACUAGUAUGUGAUGUCGAUCAAUAAAAUAAGAUAACUCACAAAAAAAGAGAAACGCAAUAAGAGUUAUAGGCAUGGUCCGUAGUAAUGUUGAAGACCCCGCACAGAGGCAGACCAACUAACUAAAUGUGCAUAGUUAGAAAUAACAAGGGAAAUACAAGAAAAGAAUUUCAUUUUUUUUAGCCGAAGAAUUGUAAACUAUGUAAAUAUUUAUUGUCUAUGAUUCGACCAGUUCAAUUGGAAUUCAUUAUGAUGUUCCCCACGCCAAGCUUAAAACUUAAAAUACUAGAUGUUAAUAUAACUUAACAUGGCAGCCAAUUUCAUGUCUACAAUAUGAUUAAAAACCACAGGGUUGUCUUGGAUGAAUGAAAGAAUCUAAAGGCACUGAAAUUGAUUAUGAUUUUUUUACCGUCAGGUGGACUUCUUUUUGCCAAGAUCAUGCGCCAAAGAGAGUACAUUACCAUGAUUGACCCUUUCCAAGAAAGGUACGGUCCACGUAUGGGUGGAUUGUUAUACAUCCCCGCACUUUUGGGCGAAGUAUUUUGGUCUGGCGCCAUCUUGUCAGCUCUUGGUGCCACUGUGAGUGUCGUUAUCAACUUGGAUCGCUUCACUUCUGUCGUUGUUUCCGCGUGUAUUGCUAUUUUCUACACGUUGAUGGGUGGAUUGUACUCUGUAGCUUACACUGAUGUUAUUCAGCUCAUCUGCAUCUUUGUUGGACUGGUGAGUGUGGUCAGCAGUCUACUUUAUUGUGACAUGAACGUCAUUGCAACCGAGAGCUUUUUGCCGAAGAAUGACUCUAGACCCAGUCUUUUCUUAAAAACACACGAAAACACGUACUGAAGAAGAUUUAGGAUUUAGGAUACUUCAUGACUAGAAAAUUAAAUUGACUCUGAUUUAUUCAGAAAUGUAUUUUUGCAUCAUACUGUUUUUCUCUGUUCGUUCUGCAGACAUUUUUCAAUUCUUUACUUUUAAUCUUUCCACCUCACUCACUAGUGGCUCAGUAUUCCAUUCGCCAUGACUCAUAAAGCAGUGAGCAGCAUCACCGAAGAUUCCGGCAAAUGGGUUGGAGAGAUACCAACUGCAAAGAUUGGAGUGUGGCUGGACUAUGCUAUGCUGCUGGUAAGCUUCAUUUCUAAUCUUUCACCAUCGCCAAAUGUUUGACCUAAGUCCGUGAUGAUGGCAGCAAAAAAAACGACGCCCGUUUUCUCACUCUUCCAGUUUGCACGCCCUCUGGCGUUUUGGUUGUUCAUAGAUCUCAUUUUGAUGCUUCGUUUUUCCUGUCCAGAUUUGCGGUGGCCUUCCAUGGCAAGUGUACUUUCAGCGUGUGUUGUCGUGCAAGACACCAGGAAAGGCUCGUAUAUUGUCUCUGAACGCUUCCUUUGGAUGCAUGUUCAUGGCUGUUCCUGCAAUACUCAUUGGAGCCAUCGGUGCUUCAACAGGUAACCAAAUAACACACAUGAUAGUCUUUCUGGUGAGGGAUCAGCCUUCAAUUCAGUUACUCCUGCUGGCGAAGGAUAAAAGUUCAAUUCAAUCUCUGAUUCCCAACUCCUUAAAUAAUAUGCAGUGAUCAUCAUGCAAGGAAAGAUAGAAAUUGUAUUGGUAAAAUAAGCGAUCGGCCCACAGUGCUGGAACUGGUAUCAGUAAAGCGGCAACAACCUUGUGUUGUGGGAGAUUUUCACUUAGGUGACAAACGCUCCAUUUGUUGGAAACAACUAUGGAGGAGUGAUAUUGAAAUAUUUACACCACGUAGAAGUUCCUUUACACCAUCGACAACAAGUCCUUUCUGAAGGACAAAAAUCGCGAUGUCGAAGUGAUAUUGAAAUGUUUGUAUCACGUAGAUAUUCCUGGUAGUCUUGGCAGAACUAUAGCGAAAUAUAAUUCCCUUACCAUAUGACCUUAGCAGACACGUGUUCGCAUUGCUCAACUGUUUCUUAAAGAUUUUCGCGGCACUUCUUUGACGGCACCAUUUAUAGUCCUGCAGUCAAGCAGUCCCUUAGACCACCUCACCAUAGAUUUUCAAAGAGACGAAAUUGAAUCAGAUGGGUCCUUUCAUUAGUAAUUUUAUCCAUCAUGAUAACAAGAUUACAAGUAUGAUUUUUUUUCCCCUUAGAUUGGACCCAAACUUCGUUCUACAAACCACCUGAGGGUAACAUUACAAACCAAACAGCCUCGGUAUAUGUCGAUAAAACUCUGAUCCUUCCCAUGGUGCUUCAGUACCUCACACCAACAGCUGUGUCAUUCAUUGGUCUGGGUGCUGUGUCUGCUGCCGUCAUGUCGUCCACUGAUUCCAGUAUGCUCUCAGCCAGCUCUAUGUUUGCCCAUAACAUUUACAAACUUAUCUUUAGACAGAAGGUAAAGUAUUGUGUAUCUAGCAUGGGUUCUCAAACUAGGUUUCCAGAAACUCGACGAGGCCCUCGCAUUAGCGGUGAGAUAUAUUGUACAUACUGUCAGAGGCCCAGUAAUGGGCUCCUGAUAUUGUGUAUUGUAUCAUAUAGCUAACUCGGUUCUCAAUGUAACACAGAAAGAUGCUGUCCGUACUUUGCCUCUAUGAGUGGACACCCAUGGGGAAAUAUAAAAAGACGAUGCCACAAGGAACCCUCUUUCAAAAAAAUUGGAAAUUUCAGCAUCACUUACUUCCACUUAUUUUUUAAAGGGCUUAUUUCAAGUUGCUCUCUCCAAGAAAGUCCCCUGAAUAAUAACAAUUAAAGAAUGAGUAAACAUGAAACAUCUUUCAUUCAAUAUUUCUAUUUUUCAGGCCUCCGAGAAAGAAGUUGUGUGGGUGAUGCGUUUUGCCAUAUUUGGAGUUGGCGCGGCCGCUACAGCCAUGGCACUGUCUGUUGGUUCCAUCUACGUGUUAUUCCAUCUGUGCAGUGAUCUCGUGUUUGUGAUACUGUUCCCACAGUUGUGUUGUGUUAUCUAUUUCAAAGCCUCCAAUACUUACGGCUCCAUUGCAGGCUAUAUAUUUGGGCUUUUUCUGCGCGUGGGGGGAGGGGAAGAUAAAAUUGGUUUUCACCCCUUCAUUAAAUACCCAUUUUAUGACGAGGUAAAGGGCCAGCUGUUUCCGUUCCGUACUCUGUCCAUGAUUGUUUCUUUUUCUACGAUCGUGUCGGUGUCGUUCUUAGCAAAGUAUUUGUUUGAACGGGAGAUUAUCCCGUUGAAGUAUGAUUUCCUGAACGCCUUCAGGAAAAGCGAGGAGGAGAAAGAGCAAACGAAACCAGCAGAGGAAAAGUUUAUAAUGAAAGAUUACCAAGACAACAAAAUUUGA